AUCAGCGUCACAAGCCCUGAAGCUCCAUUGACGCAUGGUAUGACUGGAACCAUAGGGACCAUCGACACUGGCCGGGAGGCUCAAUUGCCGUGGAACGGGAAGCAUAUACAUCCGACAGGUAAGUUCCUGGUCCCUAUACAAGGCCCUUUAAGAAGAUAUUGAGGCCUGAAGGCAAAUAACCGAGGCAAAGAACUGGGACACUCGAGUAUCCAGUUCAUUUUGGUAAAUGGCUCCGACGUUGGCAACACAGAUUGAGUUAUGGCUUACACCUCCGUUGCGGGUGUUUCGGGAUUUAGAUCGCGGGGGGCCACGGUCCGAGGGUCCAUCACACGUCAAUGCAAAUCAUGUGGGAUUACGCUCGACUGGUGCAAGUCCCCAGGGAGAGAGCUGAGCGACACAGAACUUGUUUGACAGGGUGGAAAAGACCCCAAUGCCGUCGCUCUUUUCUCGUGCCCGCACAGCGUCCACGCCAUCCAAAAUCAAGGCGCAGACGAAUUACAACCAGACCGUCCCGUCCUCCUCCAGUCCGCUGUCCCCAGUGGAUGACUUUGGUGCUUAUCAUGCGAACACGGGCGAGCCAGGGUCCGGCGCGGUCGGCUUCCUUCCCACGUCGGUACCGACCGACCUACACACCCCGUGGCCCAAUACCGCCGCCCCCAACGCUGCCGCCGGCGCCACUCCAGGUCUUCUUGGGGGAAGCGCGCCGCGCGCGGCGUAUGGGUUCCUGUCUCCGGGAAGGGAUGCCGUCCUCAGCUUGGCGGACGUAGCGAGGCUAUCGGCCACGCUGUGCGCGGCCCUGGACAAGUCAGGUGUGACUACGCCAUUCGUUUUCAGUGCGCUGGCGCUAGAUGUGCGUCGGUCAGCUGUGGCAAGGCUGGUGGGCGCCUUUUUGAAGACGUGUGGUGAUGCUCCAUCGCGAGCUGCGGAGGAUGACUGGCAGGACGAGGCGCGUUUUGCGGGACCGCAUGAGCUGGGCAUGGCUCUUCGGUGGGGUCUUUCGAGGGUGGUGAGGGUCGAGGAUGGACGAGAACUGAGAGGGUUGCUUAGUUGGGCAUGGUACGAGCGGUGGAAGAGUGAAGAAGCUGUGAACUCGUAUCCCCCGACGGCAUUCUCGACUCUGCUCGCAUCGCUACCUGCCCAGCUGCAACCCAUCUUGCAGCCCCUUUUCGCUAUCUGCAUCCGACUUGUUGCACAUUCCGCUCAAUCAGGCCACACGCCACCUUCUUUGGCCACUAUCCUUUCCCCAUUGUUGUUUGGACUUUGUGUCCCGCAAGUGGGACUCGUUCCUUCUGGUGUGUCAUCCCCGAGGAAGGAUUCUAAGAGCGGAGACUCGAAGAACGAUCCCGAAGCUCUAUUAUUCCCGACCACAGAGGACUUUGCGUCGUUCCCCUCGACCUAUGGAGAGUAUCUUCGUGGUGCAAGAGCAGCUGAACACAUGCUCUUGGCUGCAAUUAGGGAAGAAGUCACUGAUCAUCAAGGCGCUCUCAAUGGGCCGACGAGGUUGAGAGAAUGGGUUGGCAUGUACCCACAAGGCAUCGUGGAUGACGCUGCUACAACGAACGGCAAGUCGCGCCCCAACCCAAGACGUGGAGCACGAACUGUGAGAAUUGUACAUGUCCGACGAAAUGUGCGCUCGUAUUCGGCGGAUCUGGUGAGGGGUGCUAGUUCUUGGGCCAGCAGCAGUGCAAGCAGUGGCAGCGGACCAAAUGACUGGGCUUCGUCGAAAGCGUGGAGGAACAUCCUUGCCGGCGCUCAAGGCACCCCUCGUUACUCUGACACUUAUCGGCGACGACUCGAUCUGGCAGUAGGCGUUCAUCCGCAAACAGCAUCGAUGACAUCGAUGACAUCCGAUGUGCCGUCACUCUCAUCCUCUAUCGGAUCUUCACCGUAUUCCUCAUCAGCUUACACACCUUCGAAUACGUCGCUGGCAUCGGACACUGAUGGCGGUGCUUUCCGAUCUCUGACGGAUCUCAAAUGGGGCGAGUUUGAGAGUCUAGGAUUCUCACAUGGGACCGGCGCUGGUUUGGUUGCGACGCCAAGCAGGAAAGAGCCGGGGAUCGACGGUCGAUUGAAGUUUGAUUUGACGGAGAAUGCCCGAGCCGAACGGGCAGCAAAACGAGAGACUCUGUCCUGGAACGACUUCUCAAGUGCCGGAUUCUCGCGAUCGGAUGCACCACUUUCUGCUACGCUCCAGUUCUCGACUCCCCUCUCGCUGAAUCUUACAUCACCAGCGACACCCAAUGCCGCAUCAACCAACAACGCGGAACUGACCAAGAAGCUGCGUAAAGCCCACAAGGCAUUGCCUGCUUUCGGCUGGGAUACAGCCCCCGUGAUCGGGGCUGAAGAAGUGAUCGAGGAGGCGUUCAUGGACAUCUUCUGUGAUUUGUUGUGGGGCGGUGGCUGGAUGGAGCGUAGUUCCGGUGUUGCGGGCCCCCAGGCUGAUCUGGCCAGGGAGUGUCAAUGGGCUCUGAUCGAAUUCAAAUCACGAUCUGGCGGUGCUCAAGAUCCCGGCUGCACAGUCGUGCUGUUCGAAGAGUUUGUACCCCGAGAGUACCGGCUUGCGCUAGCGGGCAUCGCACCGCCCGGGACCCGUCGCCGACUUCCUAGCUUGUUUUCGCCUGCUGCGCCGAGAGGAGGAGGCAAGACGUGGAAACAGGCAUCGACCCUGAAUGGACGGCCAUAUGUCCUUGGUGCCACGCCGACGGCGACAGGCAGCACGCGGGAUCUGGGGGACUUCGAUAGCAUGCUUCGUGCGCAGGGUGGGCAGACAAAGCUGAUGACUCUGGCCGGCAGCGGUGUUCCGAAGAGGGAGACGGUGACGACCACUAUGACGGUUCCGCCGAGAUCCGAGUCGUUGCCUACUACGCCGCUGCGGGAAGAUAACUCGAGUACAGAGAGCGGGGGUGAUGCGUUGAGCAAGAGCCAGAGACGGCAGUCCGGGUCGCGUUUUCGGAUACCAGGCGGGAUUAUCCCCGGGCCUAGUCCUGGUGGGUUAGUCAGACCGGGGAUGAUUCCAGCAGAAUAUGCUGCAGUCGAGUUUGAGACGAGGCUGGCAGAGGCUGGCGGCGACAACAAGAAGCGGGGCGAUGAAUGGGUCGACAUCCUUGUCGGCAGCAUGCAGGAUCGAAGGAUGGAUGGCCAAGACGCCGAGCUGCGGGUGAAGAAACGCGGAUGGGACCAGGAGCUGGCUAGCAUGGAGGUGGCGCAGGCUCUCGCUGCUGAGACGAUGGGCCGAGAGAUGUCGCCACCCAUAAGCUUACGUCCGGAUUCAGACGUGUCAGAGAUCGAACGCGUGCCGAGACAAGUCGAGGAGGAUGACGAGGACGAGGACGUUCCGAUUCCAUAUGACGAAGACGACGAUGAGCAACAGACACCGCUGGCUUCGACUCAUCCUGACCUUGCAGCCCGGCUUGAGGCAGCUCGUCAGAAUCAUCGCCAAGGUGCAAGCUACUUUGAUCUGCACCCAGAUCGACGUCCGCCGUCUGUCGCGACGGGCAACGAGGACGAGGACGAGGAUGAAGUCGACGACGAUCCUCGCAGUCUGCUCAGUGGUAACGAUAGCAGCGAGGACGUGCAUGAUAUUCCCCGCAAUCUGGAUGCGAUUCGUCCUCUACCGACGAAGCCUAGUCCUGUUACGCCGAUCUCACCGGUGGAUAUUCCACCAUUCGAUGAUUCCGAGAACCUGCGUCGGGCUGAGCGGAUCGCUUCAACCCAUUCGAAGACCGAUUCCGCGGUGCUCAGUCCUGCCAUGGAGGAAGUUGAGGAUGUACCGACACCGGUCACAAUCGCCGCUCCGCAGCCGAGCAAGACCUCCGCGCUCAUCGAUAUGUUCCGCGAACGGGAGCAGCGAGCGUUGCCACCGAAGCCAUCCGGUCCAGCGCCGCCAUCCCGGCUACCCGUUCGUGCACCAGCGAAGGAGGCCUCACCCGGUCUUCCGGUCUCCCCAAAGCCGGAAGUCGCUGCACCACCGCCCCAGAAAGCUUCGCCGCCUCUACUCGAGGCGACCACUCCCGACCUGGAAGAUGCCGGUCGCGCGAGUCCGGGUCGAUAUGUGCAUGGUGCACCGCUGCACAAUGUCAUGGAAGAAGAGGAAGAGGAGUAGUUUGUUGAUACUGUCAUCGUUCUUUCUUUAUACCCCAUGGAAUCACUCAAAAACCAUCUUUACUGAUCGUUCCUUUCCCAUUCCUGCUGUUACAGUACGUAGUAGGUCAAUUUUAAGUAGUCGAGAUAUGUUAUGUCACUCCCAUUCGUCGCAGUGGUUAUUCGUGUCCUGGUGGUGUAUCAAGCGGGGAAGUGGCACGUGAC